AUGUCUUCCCAAGUAACUUCCCAAGUCUGGUAUGCGAACGACACCGAUUAUGACGAAGACACCAUCUCCAUCAACGGUAUCCUCGAGCGAAGCGCUGUCAAAAGCUUCUCUUCCAGACAGCCUGCAGGAGACAAAGAAAAGACUGCCUACGUUUGGACUUCCAACUUUAUCGAGAAUGAUAGCAAGAAUAUAUACCGAGCUUCAUUCACCUCUGGAGCUAACGCGAGCCGAAAUACAAAAGCCGAAAACGACGACUAUAUGCUGCGGGCGAAUGAGGUCUCGACAUUCCUUCAUGAUUCGCUCAAAGACUCUGCAUCUCAGUGGGGUGAUCAGUGCCGUACCCAACAGAGCGCAAAGCCUUUGAGAGACGCAGAGAAAUCGACGUUUGAUUCGCUGGUGAACACGAUGCCGGACAGGUAUGGUGAUAUCGGCUUGGGCAGCGUCGACCGUGAGACUAUGAAGCAGGUCUUGUUGUACGAUGAGAAUCAAGGUGAUCUAUCGAGUGGCGGGAAUGUGGUUGGGGCAAACAUGGAGGAGGGGGAUGAUAUGAAGAUGGUGGCUGGGAUGCCGUUUGUGAGGACUGGGGCGAGUAUUGGCUAUGGGUUCUUGAGUCAACAGCCUUCUUUCUAUCACGGUGAUGAUAGAGAUGAUUGA